AUGGACGGAACAUACACCAUGGCACCUACUCCGGUGCAAGGUCAACCAUCUUUUGCAUACUACCCUGAUUCGCAGCAAAGACAACAUUUCACCAGCCACCCCUCAGAUAUGCAGUCAUACUAUGGCCAAGUGCAGGCCUUCCAGCAACAACCACAGCACUGCAUGCCGGAGCAGCAGACUCUCUACACUGCCCCUCUUAUGAACAUGCACCAGAUGGCUACCACUAACGCCUUCCGUGGCGCCAUGAACAUGACUCCUAUUGCCUCUCCUCAGCCGUCACACCUCAAGCCCACAAUUGUUGUGCAGCAGGGCUCUCCUGCCCUGAUGCCUUUGGACACGAGGUUCGUCGGUAACGACUACUACGCAUUCCCCUCCACCCCACCACUCUCCACAGCUGGAAGCUCAAUCAGCAGUCCGCCUUCUACCAGCGGCACUCUUCACACCCCAAUCAAUGACAGCUUCUUUGCUUUCGAGAAGGUGGAGGGUGUCAAGGAGGGAUGCGAGGGAGAUGUUCAUGCAGAGAUUCUGGCCAAUGCUGACUGGACCCGAUCUGACUCGCCGCCUCUUACUCCUGUGUUCAUCCAUCCGCCUUCCCUCACCGCCAGCCAAACAUCCGAGCUUCUGUCAGCGCACAGCUCUUGCCCAUCUCUUUCCCCAUCGCCAUCUCCCGUGGCCCCCACAUUCGUUGCCCAGCCUCAAGGUCUGCCGACCGAGCAGUCCAGCUCCGACUUCUGUGACCCCCGUCAGCUGACGGUCGAGUCCUCCAUCAAUGCCACCUCUGCAGACCUGCCGCCUCUGCCCACGCUUUCUUGCGAUGACGAGGAGCCUCGCGUGGUUUUGGGCAGCGAGGCCGUGACCCUUCCUGUCCAUGAGACUCUCUCGCCCGCCUUCACCUGCUCCUCUUCGGAGGACCCUCUCAGCAGCCUGCCCACCUUUGACAGCUUCUCGGACCUGGACUCGGAAGACGAAUUCGUCAACCGCCUGGUCGACUUCCCCCCUAGUGGCAACGCCUACUACCUGGGCGAGAAGAGGCAGCGUGUGGGAACGACAUACCCUCUCGAGGAAGAGGAGUUCUUCAGUGAGCAGAGCUUCGACGAGUCUGACGAGCAGGAUCUCAGUCAGUCCAGUCUUCCUUACUUGGGAAGCCACGACUUCACUGGCGUUCAGACCAACAUCAAUGAAGCCUCGGAGGAGAUGGGUAACAAGAAGCGGAACAACCGCAAGUCGCUGAAGCGGGCUAGUACCUCGGACAGCGAAACGGACUCGAUUAGCAAGAAGUCGCAACCUUUGGUCAACAGCCGUGCCACCAGCACGGAGACAAACGCCUCGACACCCCAGGCUGUCCAGGCCCGCCACAACUCCGACGCGCAUUCUUGCGCUUCUGAGGCUCCUGCUGCCCCCGUUUCGGUUAACCGACGUGGUCGUAAGCAGUCCCUGACGGACGAUCCCUCCAAGACCUUUGUGUGCACUCUCUGCUCCCGUCGCUUCCGUCGCCAAGAGCACCUCAAGCGUCACUACCGCUCCCUCCACACUCAGGACAAGCCUUUCGAGUGCAACGAGUGCGGUAAGAAGUUCUCGCGGAGCGACAACCUUGCGCAGCACGCUCGCACUCAUGCGGGUGGCUCUGUCGUGAUGGGCGUCAUCGACACCGGCAAUGCGACCCCGCCAAACUCCUAUGAAGAACGAGACCCUAGUACGCUGGGGAACGUUCUCUACGAGGCCGCCAACGCCGCCGCUACCAAGUCGACAACCAGUGAGUCGGAUGAGAGUUCCUCUGACUCGCCGACCGUCGACCGACGGGCGCCCAAGAAGCGCAAGCGCGACAGCGACGCCUAG